CACCGGAACCGAAUCCUCGCCCAACUCAGCGAUAAUAUACCUACAAAUUAAUCGAUUUAGGCCUUCCUCUCCUCGAUCUACCACCGAGGCGUCGUGACGACUGGUAUUCGCGUCGCGCGCCCUGUCAGCCUACUGGUAGGAUCGAUCCCCCUGUCUCAUCAUUUUCCCAUUGGUCCCCUCCCCUCCGGAUCUGGCUCGCAACAAUCCCCUUCACCAUCCGGUGUCCGGGUCUGGGACAGCCAACUAAUCUGACCUAGUUCGCCUCGCGCUCCGGCUUACCCUGUCGGAUCAGCUCGAAAGUUGCACGGGCGUGUACCACCCACCCUGAGGCACGCGCUCUCACAUCUCGAAUUCGCUAGACGACGGACCCUGCCUGCACCAGUACCGAUCUCAUCACCUAAUACCACAGACCGAGGGAGAGGAAGAAGGAAGAGAUUUAAGGCCUAACUACGUCGAGGCAUCACGUGAUCCUCCAUUCUUGCUGACCUGCUCGCUACGUCAGGGAAGCACGAGUUACGACCGUAGUAGGGUAGAAAAAGAGAAAGCGACUGUCCGUCAUGUACGACGAGCUCUCGAACCCAAUCCUCGUCCACGAGGGUCCGCCGACGCGUGCGAACUCGCUCCUGGCGAAGCCGCGGGCUCCGCUCGUCCUCGUCCACGACGGCGGCGGCACCACGUUCAGCUACUGCCUGCUGGACCCGAUCGGCCGCCCGGUUUGGGGCAUCCAGAACGCCAACCUCCACCGCGGUGGGUGGUGGGACGGCGGCAUCUCCGAGAUGGCCGCUCAUUACAUCCGUCUCCUCGCCAAGGUCCUCCCCCAGGGCGGCGACAUCCUGCUCGGCGGCUGGUCGCUAGGCGGACACCUCUCCCUCGAGAUGGCGUACCAGAUCGCAAAAGCAGCGCGCGACGACAGCACCAGCAGUAGUAGCAGCACCAAUGGUGGUAGCAGCGCCAAUGGCGAUGGUAACGGCGCGAGAACUCCGGUUCCCAAAUUCCGGGUGCUGGGCAUGAUCUUCAUUGACACGAUCUUCCCGCGCCGACUGGCGGAGCUGCGGGGCCCGCUGCCGACGCAGCCGCUCCUGCUGUCGCCCGAGGCGUCGCGGGCGAUGAAGCUCAAGGAGAAGGUCGACGUCAACAUGACGCACGCGCGUAUGAUGGUCGGGUCGUGGGCCAUUCCGCGCUGGGCCCCCUCGUCCUCCAGCGCCGCCUCGACCUCCUCCGGCAGCGACAACGGCAACGACGACGGCGGCAAGGAGGACGACGAGGAGGGCGCCGAGCCGCGCCCCCCCGCGCCGCCCACCAUCCUGCUGCGUGCCAAGGAGUUCGUCGCCCCCGACUCGAGCAAGGCCUUCGUCGACCACGUGCGCGACUUCCGCCUCCUCGGCUGGGACGAGUACAACGCGGCCAACGGCGGCUUCAUCCGCGAGGUCGUCGACGUCGAGGGCCAUCACUUCUCCAUCUUCAAGGACGAACACCUCACGGGCGUAUCGCGGAAGAUCAGCGCCGCGGCUGAUAAGCUAGAUCCCCCUGGCUUUUGAGGGGUGAGCAGCCGGGUAGGAUGGGAUGCGUGUGGUAUACUGGUGUGGCGAGGGGGCCUUCGGGGUUUGAGGACUGGCGUUGGGCGGUAUACAUAGACGUGUGCUUACAACUAAGUAUAUGAAUCGGCGUUACUCGGGGAGGGAGGCUCUCUCUCGAAACGAUGGUGGAGAGAGCUAAAGGAGGGUGGCGUUUUCCCGCCUUGAUGUCGUCGUUGGGGUCGUUUUCGACAUUUCCUCGCUCUCUUUCUCCCGUACAUAUAUACAACGCGCGUAUACAAAAUUUAGAGCAAAUAGAUUUGAGGAUCCAGACCUACUCCGCCGUGUUGCGGCGCUUAGUAGCUACGCGACUUGGACUGCCCUCGUAGGCAACCACUACUUCAUUCCCACUCACGCACUUGUCUAUUUACCUAGACAUCCCUUAUUCCGUCCCAUCCUGGCUACCGCCUCCCCAUUCCCCAUUCCUCACGUCUUCCUUCCUUAUAUACGGAGCGAGCGCAACCUUGAGCGCCUCCUGGCCGGUGGCGAAGAGCCUGGCGCGCUCGGCCUCGAAGCCGCCGUCGGCGAGCCAGGGCUCGGCGGGGCCGACGGCGAACUGGUCGGCGCCGGCGGCG